AUGUCGAUAAAAUCUCCUUGUUUAGAAAUAUUACCCUUUAUAUUUAGGGAAGAACAGAUAAGUAACAGAAUUCAAACAUUCCCAACAGAGACUAUGAAAAAAGCUUAUUUAGAACUGAAAGGAUAUUUUGAACAAUACAAAAUUUACGCAGAGAAAUUAAUUAACUUUACUGGCUCAAUGAAUGAUGAAAAUCAAAGAAAAGAAAAGCUGACAAUUAAAUUGAGAUGUGAAUACUAUGCUGUACUAUUUUCCCAAUCAUCUAAGCUUUUAAACGAAUACAUAAAUUUUAGAAAUAAACUUAUAUUAGAAUUAGCCAUAAAUGUGAAUGGUUUAAUAAACUCUAUACACCCGAAUAUUAUACAAAGACUUAACGAAGACGAGAAAAAAGAACUGCAAAGAUAUUGUGAAAAUAUCAGGAGUGAAAGAACUAAGUCCAAGUUACAAAACAAAUUCACUGUAUGUUUUUUGAACGAUUUAAUUAUAGAAGAUUUAAAUUAUGAUGGAAUGGAGAAUGAUCAACGAGUGAGAAAUGUUUUUUAUCCGGCUGGGCUUAAAGUAAGUGUUUUUGAAGAUAAGGCAUUAGACUUACAAAAAUGUGAAUGGGCCAAAAUUUUAAAAGAUUAG